GAACGCGCGGGGUGGAAGUGAGCAGCCGCUAACGAGUCGAGCCGAGAGCCGAGCCGAGCGAGCGAGCGAGCGUUGCGCUGGGGAUGAAGAAGAGGAGGAUGGAGAUGAUGAUGAUGAUGAAGACGACGACGACGACGAAGAUUAUGGCCGUGACGUCACGGCGACGAGCGGAUGAGAGUGCCCCAUUAUGACGUCAGCAAAAUCACCAGCACUGCCAGGGAAUCAUCAUCAGCAGGAGCAGCAGCGGCAAGAGCGAGAGGAGGAGGAGGAGCAAAAACAGCAGCAGCCAAAGCAGCAGCAGGAGCAACAGCAGCAACAACAACACUAAUAACGAGGGGCACCACGAGGAGGAGGAGGAGAGGGAGGAGGAGGUUGUCUUGCUGAUCAGAAGCCUUUAUUAAUAAGAUGGCGACUGAGACUGCGACGCCGACGAGUGGACCGGGACCCGGUCCGGGUGUAAGAGCCGGGCCGAGACAAUGCCGACAGGCAGCAGCAGCGGCAGCAGCGGGAGCAGCAGCAGCAGCAGUGGAGGAGGGACAUGUAGGUCAACUGGACAUGGAGAACCUGAGCCGACCGCAGAUGCUUUCCCUCCUGAGCUUCUUGGAGGGAGAACUCGAGGCACGCGAUCUGGCAAUUGAGGUCCUGCGGGCGCACAGCCGGGAGGAGUUCAUGCACGAGCGUUAUGGCCGCUACCGCCUGGGAGACCCCCUGCGAGCGCUGCAGCGGGACUGGGAGCUGGGCGAAGCCGGCGACGGGGGGGACGAGGGGACCCCCGCGGGGAGCCCCGGAGGGACCCCCGGGGGCUCGCGCCACCGACUCUCUACGCCGGCGGCGCUGCUCGAUACGGUGGUGCAGCAGUGGAGGAGGACGCGCGACCGCGUCACCGCACGACUCGCUGCCAUCGAGAGCCAACACUGCAAGGUCAUGAAGGAGCUGGAGGACGAGCGGCGGAGGCACGCGCAGGACCUGGCGCAGGGCGACGACGUCACCUUCAUGCUGGAGAAGGAGCGCGAGCGCCUGGAGCAGCAGGUGGACUUCGAGAAGUCGCAGGUGAAGAAGCUGGAGAAGGAGCAGAAGAAGCUGUCGGCCGAGCUGCGGGAGGAGCGCGCCAAGAGCAAGCAGCUGGUGCUGAUGCUCGUCAAGGAAAACGAGCUGCUCACCGAGCAGCUGCAGAAGGAGCGCUCGGCGCUCGCCGAGAGGGACACGGGACUGGCGGAGGAGAAGCGCCGCUCCGACGAGCUGGGCGACCUGCUGGAGGUGCACAAGAAGAAGAGCGGCCAGGUGGAGGCCGAGCUCGAGAAGCAGCUCGCCGAGUUCGACACGGAGCGCGAGCAGCUGCGCCUCAAGCUGGAGCACGAGGCGCACCACAGCAGGGGCUUGCAGGAGGAGAUCCUCGGCCUCAAGUCCGGCCUGGCGUCGAAGGAUCGGAGCGACGGCGCCGUGGCGGCGGCGGCGGAGGCGAAAACCACGAGCAGCAAGUGCGUGGAGGCCAAGCCCCCGGUGAGAUCGGUGGGCGCCGGCUCGGACGAAGCGCCGGCGACGUUGGUUUCGACGGCGGCCGGGACGGACGCCCCCCCCGCGGCGCCCGUCGCGAUCCCGGCGUGGGACGCAUCCUGCCCGGAUGGCGCCCCAGCAGCGACGGCGGCCGUGGCGGCGAAGCCGCGGGAGCCCCGCAACGGACCAGAGAGCCACGCCGCUCACGCCGGGUCCAACCACGCCCGCCCCGUGCGGCGGGCCGGAGAAACGGACCUCAACCGCAACGCGGCCGCCGGAGAAGCGCCCCGCUCGCCGGGCGAGCCGCUCGUCAAGGUGACCCCCUCGUCGUGUUUCCCGUCGGAGGCCUCGCCCCCGCGGGCCGCCGCACCCGUGCCCGACGACGAGGAGCUUUCGAGCGCUCGCCACCUGGAACUGAGCAACUCCCACGACGCGCCGUCCGCGGGCGCCCCGGCCCGCGCCGGCCGCGGCGUGGCCGGCGCCGCCACCGCGGGCCUCUCACCGCGCUCGCUCUCGCCGCACUCCCCGUCGGGCCUCGGCGACGGGUCGCCCACGGCGGCCUCCCCCGACCCGCUGAGGUCAGGCUACUCCGCCGGCCUCAACUCGCGCUUCCAGGUGGCCAAGCUCAAGUUCCAGACACAGGUGGAGCAGGAGCAGCAGCAGCAGCAGCAGCUGCAGGUCCAGCAGCAACAGCAGCUGCAGGUGAGCUCGGUCACCGUUCACGGUCCCACGAGCCCCGACGCCACGGGCGCCCGGCGCGACUCCUCGCCCGUCAAGAACCUGGCGCGCAACACGGUGAGCCAGGCGAUCUCGCGCUUCGCCAGCCAGCAGGCGGCCGCCAUGGCCGCCGGCAAGACGCUGCCGCUGGGCGGCAGCUCCCCCUUCGGCACCGACUACCGCUCUGCGCUGCACUCGCCGGCACCCGGCGCCGCCGAGCCGGCGCACGCGCUGCACCCCCCGGGCAGGGCCGGCGGGAACCCGCUGCUGUCGCCGUCGUCGCCGUCGGCGCCGGGCGGCGGCGGUGGCGGCGUCAAGGGCCCGUCGGUGUCGCUGCGCCUGGACCGUGGCGCCCCGCCGCCCAUCCCGCCCAAGAAGCCGUCGCUCAUCCAAGGCAGCCACGCGGCGACGGCGACGACGGCGACGGGCGCGCCGGCGCGCAGCUUGGCGGUCGAUAGUAACUCGAACCCCUCGGUGGAGCCGCUGGAGCUCGAGGGGGAGGGGACGCGGCACAACGCGGUGGGGAGCCUCGCGUCCGCACUGGAGCUCCCCAACGCCGCGGUGGCGGCUGCGGCGGGCGCCACCAGCGCCGCCGCCACCACGUGCUCGGACGGAUGCGGCACGCUGCCGGCCAGGUCUGCGUCUCAGGUCGACUCGGCUCGCUAGCGCCGUGGGCCGCCAUCCACCGGCGCUUUCCUGCUGCCGCUCUCGCAGAGCGGCACUCCUCACCCCUCCGACUCGUCCGCGUUCAACCGCCCGCCGCCGGCCAAUCAACUGGAGGAGUUACUGCAAUGGCCGGAUGACUAGAAGGGCCCAGCAAACAAAACUAAGAAAUAACAACACGCUUGUUGCGGUGAAGCAAGAGGGGGGGGGGGGGGUUCAGGAGGCGACGUGGUGACCCCACGGUGCUGCUUGUGCCACCCACAUUCGGGCAGAGGUUGGCAAUCCUGCAGGAAACGUAGCCCCUCGACAUGCCAAUGUCACUUGCACCGAAGCGCCACAUGUGAAUUCGUCUUCUCUUGUCUACUCCAUCUCACCCGAACGGUGGACUCCUCCCUAUUGCACCCUCCUCCUCCACCCUCCUUCCUCCUCUUACCCAUGCAUCGUCCACAGCUGAGGCCUUAGGCCUUGGGCCUGAGCUGUGUCACCUCCCCCACCCCUCUUGACUCUUGACUUCCAUUUCCUCCGCCCCCCGGGGUGGAAAGCGGGCGCCAACUGCAGCGGGCGGCCGUCGCGACGUGGCGAGGGACGCGGUUGACACGCUGUGAAUGUGUAAGGGGGUCGAUGUGAGCGCAGGGUGUGCGUACGCGCCGCUACGCACCGCCCAUCCCGACCCCGCUGCUGCUGCUGCCAAAGGGGAACCGGCACUACUUUGACGAAGGCCUCGCGCGGUCCGGCGUCCCCGCGCGGCCCGGACGUCGCUGGGACAUGACUGCCCCCCCCCCCCCCCCCCGGCCAAAGGGGGGUCGCUGUCUCUCUCUCGGCCGGGCCCCUUCUCGGACACGGAACCUGCCGCUACUGCGCCAUGCCACGCGCGUCUUGGAGCUACUUGAACGAUAAUUGAUGCUGAACGUGUUGCCAAUGUGUAUUGCGGAUGCGCGGGGAGGUUUAAUCAAGCGAAGGCUGUAACGUAUUCCAGUGUGGCUACGUCGCACAGUUGUGUGUGUGUGCAUGCGUGCGUGCACGUGUGUGUGCAGAAGGUUGCUACUGAUUUUCUGUUUUUUCGUCUCCAGGUAGACGGCAGGAGGCACAAUGAGUCUUAAAUGGAACUGUAUUUUGCUUAAGCAUAGCGAUUUUUAAAUAGCAAUUCUUAUUUUAUUUUUUAAAUAUACAAAUAUAAACGGUGAGUUCUUAGAUGGAUCCUCGUUAGAAAGUGCAGUGGUAAUGAUGUUGGCCAUCGACUCUAAACCCCCCUCUCUCGCUUGCAUUCAUAGAUAUCGACCCAUUCCAGCUGUGAAUAAUUAUCGCAAAUCGGCAACGAACUUCUUGAGUCGGCUGCUGCCGGGCAGCCUGGUCGAGCGGGGAGGGUCAGGGGGGUUACAAAUGUUGUGUGGUAAGAAGGACGCUGAAGCCAGUCGUGGAGGGGCUGACGCCAACUCUUUAUUUAAGGGCUUGCGCCUAACUCGGGGGAAGGGGUUAACACAGAGUUAUUAACUAAUCUCCCCAGGGGAAGGGGUUAACACGGAGUUAGUAACUAAUCUCCCCAGGGGAAGAGGUUAACACAGAGUUAGUAACUAAUCUCCCCAGGGGAAGGGGUUAGCACAGAGUUAGUAACUAAUCUCCCCAGGGUAAGGGGUUAACACAGAGUUAGUAACUAAUCUCCCCAGGGGAAGGGGUUAGCACAGAGUUAGUAACUAAUCUCCCCAGGGGAAGGGGUUAGCACAGAGUUAGUAACUAAUCUCCCCAGGGGAAGGGGUUAGCACAGAGUUAGUAACUAAUCUCCCCAGGGCAAGGGUACUGGGAGUUCCCUACACCCCACCAGGCUAUCAGGCUCUUCACACAGCACUGACCGAGGGUUCAGCCAACACGGCCAGCCGGGUAAAGCAGCCCCCCUUUAGCCUGGCUCUCUACCCUCUAUCCUGGAGCCCCCUACUCCCCUAACGCUCACUCCUCUUGGCUCACCGCGAAGACCCCGUCCACGUCACGGCUCUCCCCUCAAAUACCCCGGGGGGGCAUGACGUCACUUUACCUUGACGGCAUUCCCCCCGAGGCGAGUGUGACCUGACGUCAGCACUCCACUCCUCAACACAAAAAUGUUGAAAUCGUCAUCGUUACCGGGAGCACAAGACGUGGCAUUCACCGGGACCCCCCCCACCCCCAAUGCCCGGAUUUGUCACGGACAGCGCCGCUCACAGGACACGCGGUUUAACGCCGCUGCUGCGUCGCGGCCGCCACCGUUGGGCCAUCGGCUUGCUCGUUCCCCACCUCUUGAGGUUUUACCAGAUCAAAUGUGAUUUGCUUUUUUUGUGAUUUUGUCUUCCGACUUUUGAUAUCCGCUGUACAACUAAACGCCCCCCCCCACCACCAACUCGCGCACCCACCCAACCACGCACACACCCACCCACCCCGCUUGCGCAUUUAAUAUUGUAAAUUAACCGUGCAAUUACUUGAAAUAAUCUGUUAAUUGCGCUAGGUAUUAUUACAAUUAAGAGGUGCUGAAUUCACUACGUGGAAUUGCCAAUCAAAAGGGUUUUAAUAACCGUCCGCUGAAAUGUAGCAGCAGCAGCAGCAAGCGUUCAAAUGAGGAAAUCAUGCCGAAGCUCUUAAGACUGCUUUGUAAAGUGCGCUCUGCGUACACUUCCCAACACUACAAUUAGACGUCAAUUGCCAAAGCGUUCAACUUGCUAAUGCUUGCAAGCUGGAGUUGUGCCGGUCCGUGUCGCCAUCGCAUGCCCUGUUGGUGCGAGUCAUUUCGACGAAUUGCGGGGAGGACGAGGCGGGCGUUGGUUGGGUGGGGGGGGGGGUGAAUAGAUGCUCCAAAUACAUUUUAUCGGCCAAAACCAGACCAGCCUAUGUUUUUGUAAUUACAUUCUACUGUGUAGUAUUGUUUACCGGCCGAUUUGAGCAUACAAACAACGGACGCGUUGCACUUAAAACGGAGCUUUUACCGCAUUGGUGUUUGAUUCCAUGAAGGACUUUAAAAAAAAAGAAAUGGUUGCGUUCAUUUAAAUGGGACCAUUACAAAAGGAGUCUCAACCGGGCCAAACGAAAACUCGACGAAAGACACGGGAGGCCACGCCGGCUCCACGCCCAGCAGCGGCGAGCAUUACCAAUGUAGUUUUAGUUAGGGGGGGGGGGGUGUGUGUGGCACGUGUGCGCACCUCACUUUUGCCAACGUUUCGCAAGCCUCCCGAGCGAAGUCUGCCUACCCAAACGCCGCCUCGAGCAUGUGGCGCUCGAUCCGUGGUGCGGUCCACUUCGCUUGUGGCUGCAUGGAUUUUGUUUCGGAGGCGAGAUUUUGCGUCAGGGGGGGGGUUAAAUCGCGGUGAAAACGUGCGGUAGCCGUUCUUUUGCAUUGCACUCCUGACCGCCCCCCACUUCCGCCCCCCCUUCACUGUGUUCAGUGUUUUGAACUGGUAGUGCAUGGCCUGGGAGGUGGCUCGUGUCGUCUCAACUAUGACUUGGCUUUGUUUGGCUUGUCGUGCCAUUCGGCGUUGUGUAAGUAUUGGUCAACAUUCUCGCAGAGGUAUCAAAGUUACGUUCUCUUCUUGAACUUUGGCGUUUUAUUGGUAUGAAAUAUCUGAAGGUAUAUUUUUAUUGCGGAGAUAUAUAUGCGGUGUAUAGAGCGAUUAUGAACUAAAAACAAAUGAAGAGUGUGGGGAGGAAGCUACAAACUGGAAAGACUAAAAAACACGCGAGGUUCUGCUUGCGCCAUGGCUCAUCCUUUGCUUCACAUUGAAAGAAAAUAAAAUGUAACUUUGUCGUUACGCAUCAAAUCCACGACAUUGCACUGAUACGAUCUAAAAAGGCGUGCACGCAAAACUCCGCUCGAACCAACCUCUGUGGCAGAAAAACCUCGUGGACUUAACCCGUGUCGGUGUUCACAGCCCGUGAUACGAUUCGGAAUUGCAUGGCUUAGGGCGUGCAAUGAUCUGGCCAACUUUCUGUCGCGAGGCAUGUCCGGCUUUAAUAUCGCCUUCCUGCAUUUUGUCCUUGAAGAGGUUCGAUGCAGUUUUAAGUGAAACGUCGCGUACAUUUAAUUGCGAGAUUUGGCAGCGAGCAUCGUUCUGCGACUCGCCGGAGAGUUGAGACGACGCUUCGACACGUGACCCCAAAUUCACUGGUUGGAUUCUCGAGGGGUCUCGUGACCAAACACGUCUUGGCCAGAUCAUUACGUGGCCCAAACUCAAAAGAAACAAUUGAUUUCGAUUUAAAGCUUUCGUGACUGCAGGGAUUCAUCUUCUUGGUUCUUUCGGUAAAGUCACGUAGA